AACUGCAGAGUACAAGAAAAACAAUGAAGAUGAAAUUAAAAUGUGAAAUCCUGGAAGAGGAAACAAUAGACAAUGGGGAUCGAGGAUCGAAAAGGUCCUCCAAAUGGGGUUUUGCUCCCAUCAUCACCCAACAACGUCCGCGUGUUUUGACGACACUCUAUUUUGACAACUCGCUUUCCAGAGAGAGAAACGAGAUAAAAUAAAACAGUAAUCCCAGAGUGAUCUUUCAUUUUCAGUAUGCGAAUGAUAAUAAUAACAAUAGUCAUCAACUACAUUAUGAGUUGCCCAGGGUUUUGUAAAUUGGAGAGGCUGAUCGUUGUUUCUGUUUUCGUUUGCUUCAUCAUCAACAUUUCUGCUAAUUUGGAAGGUGAUGCACUACACAAAUUAAAGACCAGUCUACAAGAUCCUAACAAUGUGCUACAGAGUUGGGAUUCUACUCUUGUAAACCCGUGUACAUGGUUUCAUGUUACAUGUAACAAUGCAAACAGUGUUAUUAGAGUUGAUCUUGGAAAUGCAGCAUUGUCUGGUCCACUUGUCCCCCUCGGGCAGCUGAAAAACUUGCAGUAUUUGGAGCUUUAUAGUAACAACAUAAGUGGACCAAUCCCUAGUGAUCUUGGGAAUCUAACAAAUCUGGUGAGCUUGGAUCUAUACAUGAACAGCUUCUCUGGUCCCAUACCGGAUACACUAGGAAAACUGACAAAGCUAAGAUUCUUAAGGCUCAACAACAACAGCCUCUCCGGUGUGAUCCCAUUGUCAUUGACUAAUAUUAAGACCCUUCAAGUUUUGGAUCUGUCAAAUAAUCAUUUAUCAGGACCAGUACCAGACAAUGGCUCGUUUUCCUUGUUCACUCCCAUAAGUUUUACUAAUAAUCUAAAUUUAUGUGGACCGGUCACUGGAAAACCGUGCCGUGGAUCUCCACCAUUUUCUCCGCCACCUCCCUUGAUUCCAACAUUUGCAGUACCUUCUCCAGGUGAAAAUGGUCCAACUGGAGCAAUUGCUGGAGGAGUAGCUGCUGGUGCUGCUCUACUCUUUGCAGCCCCUGCAUUGGCAUUUGCUUGGUGGAAAAGAAGAAAACCACAUGAACGCUUCUUUGAUGUACCAGCCGAGGAGAAUCCAGAAGUGCACCUAGGUCAACUGAAGAGGUAUUCCUUGCGAGAAUUACAAGUUGCGACAGAUGGAUUUAGCAACAAGAAUAUAUUGGGCAGAGGUGGAUUUGGUAAGGUAUACAAGGGGCGACUUAUUGAUGGAACACUGGUGGCGGUUAAAAGGCUAAAAGAAGAACGAACACCUGGGGGAGAGUUGCAGUUUCAAACUGAAGUAGAAAUGAUCAGUAUGGCUGUGCAUAGAAAUCUUCUGCGGCUUCGUGGUUUUUGCAUCACACCAACUGAGCGGCUACUUAUCUACCCAUACAUGGCUAAUGGAAGUGUUGCAUCAUGUUUAAGAGACCGUCUACCAUCAGAAUCACCUCUUGAUUGGCCAACUAGAAAGAGGAUUGCAUUGGGAUCUGCGAGGGCACUUUCUUAUUUGCAUGAUAAUUGUGAUCCCAAGAUAAUCCAUCGUGAUGUUAAAGCAGCAAACAUAUUAUUGGAUGAAGAGUUUGAGCCUGUUGUUGGUGACUUUGGGUUGGCUAAGAUUAUGGAUUACAAAGAUACCCAUGUUACAACUGCUGUGAGGGGCACCAUUGGGCACAUAGCUCCAGAGUAUCUUUCCACAGGAAAGUCGUCAGAGAAGACUGAUGUCUUUGGCUAUGGGAUUAUGCUGUUAGAGCUAAUUACUAGACAGAGCGCAUUUGAUCUUGCUCGGCUUGCAAACGACGAUGAUGUUAUGUUGUUGGAUUGGGUCAAAAGCCUUCUAACAGAGAAGAAGUUGGAGAUGCUGGUUGAUCCUGACCUGCAGAACAGUUACAUUGAAUCUGAGGUAGAGCAGCUCAUUCAAGUUGCAUUACUCUGUACCCAAGGCUUCCCUAUGGACCGUCCUAAUAUGUCAGAGGUAGUCAAAAUGCUUGAAGGUGACGGCCUUGCAGAAAAGUGGGAGGAGUGGCAAAAGGUGGAAGUCGCCAAUCAAGAGAUUGAAUUAGCUCCUCAUCGAAUCUCUGAAUGGAUCCCUGACUCGACAGAUAAACUACAUGAGGUUGAAUUGUCUGGUCCAAGAUAAGCUGUAGUUGAAAAUUUUGAAUGAUAAAGUUGUACUAAAGUUCUGUCCAAGCAGCCAGUGUCGAUGCUGCAACGAUCACAACUUUGUAGGCACCCUGCCAGUUUUUAAUAUCCUCAAUUAUACAGUAGGUUAAGUUCUACAAUUGACAGAAGAGCAAGCUUUGAGCCCUUUCUAGUGACUUGGCAAAAUGGUAUAGCAAAAAAAAUUGAAGGCUUGCGAGUGGAAUAAGCUCGUACUUCA